UUCACCUGGGAACCUCCUGUCCCUCAGAGCAUGGAGGCCAAGGAGCGAAUUGGCAAUGGAGACUCAAUUCCCCUUUUGUCCCCAGAGUUGAAGAAUAUUAAUGACCUUUGAAGGGAAGGCUGCUUCGCCCUGGGUUGUGUUGCACCUGCUCUGAGGCUGGGAGAAGUCGAGGAAUUCUAACUCCAGGCCCAUGAGAGCAGCGACUCACUAGCCAGAACUUAUAAUGAGUCACACAGUAAAAUAUAAUCACGUGAAAUUGUUUCCCUCCAGGUGUGAGAAGGGGAAGUUCCAGCAGCCAGAGGAGAUUUCUCCUGAACUGGAAGAGCGAGUCAGUGAUUUCUCCCAGAAAACGAUUGUGCUAAUGGAGAUUCUGGGGAAGUUCAAAGACACUCUGCCGUCUGAACUGGAGAGAAAAAGGGGAGAAUCAUUUGGAGCACACAGACAGGUGAAUGUGACUCUGGAUCCAGACACGGCUCAUCCCAACCUUGUCCUGUCUGAGGAUCGGAAAAGUGUGAGAGGGGGAAACACACGACACUAA